AUGGCCGAUCCACUGAGCACGAUCACUUCCAUCAUCCAACUGCUGCAAAUCUCCAAAGCAGCCUACGACAGCGUCCAAGAUGCCACCCAUCUGCCGCAAGCGUUUGACGCGAUAAACGCACGAAUCGAAUUGGCCACCGCCACUCUCGAGGAGAUCAGGUUGAAAUACCAGAAGAACACCGAAGAAGAGGCGAAGAUCAGAAGAACACUGCAGGAAUGUGAGAAAGACGCGGAAGACUUGAAGGCGAUGUACGAGACGGUUUGUGCGGCGGCUGGCGGGAACUGGCAACAUCGAUACCGCUCAAUCUUCUCAAACAUGGUCCACGAUCGCAAGUGCAAAGUGGAGGGAGUGUGGAGACGGCUACUGGAAGGCCUGGAAGUCUUGCGAGGCUACCACCUCUUCAAGACCCUGUCGACCGCAGAAGAAAUCGCGGCUGCCAUUGUCGAAAUCCAGAACGUCGAGGACUCUCUGCCUGACGAUGGCGCUACCUUCUAUGCUCCUGUUGGUCUGGCACAUACUGGCUCGGGUGCGAACAGCGCCAACGUGUGGCAGAACAACAUCCACGCGCCCUCGAAUCUGUAUCAGGGCGGCACGCAUCACCACCAAGCGCCAGAAGCUCCACACGACUCCACGCCUAUGCAUAUCAUUCCCUUCCCGCGCGACGAAGACUUCAUCGAGUACGGCGGUCUGCUCGAUCGAAUUAAUUCAAAGCUGGCGCGCCCUACGGCGACGGUCGCGCUGGUCGGCUUGGGCGGCGUUGGAAAGUCACAACUCGCCAUUGAACACUGCUACCGUGUCAAAGAGCGAUCGCCCGAGACAUGGGUGUUGUGGGUGCAUGCUAGCAGCCUCGCCCGGUACGCACAGGGCAUUCGCAAGAUUGCGGACAUCGUCCAAAUCCGUGGUCGGGACGACGUGCAGGCAGACAUCUUCCAGCUCGUGGACGUCUGGCUUCGCCAGGGCAAGAAGAACUGGAUACUGGGGCUUGACAAUGUCGAUGAUGCCAGCUUCCUUGCCGAACGGAGGGCUGCAAGAGAAGACAGAGGAGGCGUCAAGAGCCUGCCAUCGCUGUUUGAACUCCUUCCGGUGUGUGAUCAUGGGUCAAUUUUCAUUACCUCACGAACCGAGCGCGCCGCCUUGACGCUUGUCGAGCGCUCGGACAUGAUUGCUGUCAAACCGAUGGACGAAGGGACUGCGAUGCGUCUGUUAGCGAAAAGGCUUGGAAAGCAACACGCACAGGACGCUGGCGUGGAGCUGGUAAAAACGCUCGAAUAUAUGCCACUGGCGAUUACGCAGGCGGCGGCGUAUAUCAAUCAGCGAGGACGGAGAUGGUCAGUUGAGCGGUACUUGAAGGAGGUGCAAGAGUACUUGAAGAAGGCACAGAGCGGCGCUCAAUCGAAGCGAGGCAUCUUGGAAAUUGGCGAAGUUGAUCUCCGACGCGAUAAAGAAGGCGAAGACGCAAUCAUGCUGACGUGGUGUAUCUCGUUUGAGCAUGUUCGGCAGGUUCGACCAUCGGCGGCGGACCUGCUCGCGUUGAUGAGCUUCUGUGAUCGACAGUCAAUCCCUGAGGAUCUUGUACGAAGACGAGGCGCUGAGAAGUACGGUAGCGGAAGACGAGAGAAUGAUGGGGACGUCGGUGAAGAAGAAAGGGACGACGAGGACGACGCCAGCCUCAACAGCUCAGAGACCAAUUCAGACGACGGAUUCGACGACGAUCUCGUCAUUUUGGAGAGCUACUCCUUCGUGUCGGUCACCACGACCGCGGCGGUGUUCGAGAUGCACAGGCUGGUGCAACUGGCGACGCGGAGGUGGCUAGAGUCGCAGAAUGAGCAGGAGCGGUGGAAAGAGCGGUACAUCGAGAAUCUGCGUGCCGCUUUCACCGAGACUCCGUCCCAGGGUUCUGUUACCAGUCGGGUCAUGUUCCCACAUGUCAAGCUGGCGCUGGACUUGAAGCCGAAGCUGGGCAGCGAUGCGUUGUUGACUUGGGCCCGGUUGAUGUACAUCGCCGCCGGCUAUGCCGUGGUCGGUGGGUACGGGUACGAACAUGAUGCGGAAAAGAUGGCUGAAGAAUGUUUGAAGGCCCUUGAAAUGGAACUCAAAGACAAUGAUCCAAAGAUCUUGCUGGCCAUGGUGAUGGUAGCACGUGUGAGGAAUCGCACGGGCAGGUGUAUGGAGGCGGAAGCGCUGCUGAUGCGUGUCUUAGAGGCUCAUGAGAAGGCACUUCGGGCGGACGACCCACCCGACGAACUGUCGAUCGAAAGCAAACACACCAUCAUGCUCGAUCUCGCAUCAUCGUGCAGGGACCAGAGGAAGUGGGAACAGGCGGAAAAGCUGAUAUUACAAGUACUAGAAGGGGAGAGAACGGUCUACGGAGAGGAGCAUAUAAGGACGCUUGACGCCAUGCAUAAUCUUGCAGUGACUUACCUCUGGCAACGGAGAUGGGCAGAUGCGGAGAGUCUCCUAGUACCGGUCCUUGAGAGAAAGAAGAAGGCGUUAGGGGAGGAGCAUUUGGACACUUUGAUCGCUAUGGGCAAUCUCGCCACUUCGUAUAGGAACCAAGGGAAGUUGACAGAGGCAGAAGAGCUACACAAGCGAGGAGUAGCAGUCGAGAGAAGAGUGCUAGGAGAGCAGCAUCCAACCACCUUGAUAAGUAUGAGCAGUCUGGCAGAAGUAUAUCGCCAGCAAAGAAGACUGGCAGAGGCAGAAGUGCUACUAACGCGAGUAGUAGCUAUCCGGAGAGCGGCGUUAGGAGAGGGGCAUCGGGACAACCUAGUUGAUAUGAGCAACCUCGCAGGCGUCAUUGCCAGGCAAGGGAGGUUGGCAGAGGCAGAGGAGCUGGAGACAGAGGCGUUGAAGAGACGAGUGAAGGUCCUUGGAGACCAUCAUCCCGACACCCUUACAAAUAAAUCUAAUCUGGCAUGGCUGUUUGGCGAGCAAGGGAGGCUGGCACAGGCAGUGCAGCUGGAGACAGAGGUUUUGGAGGCGAGCAAAACGGUGCAAGGAGCAGAACAUCCCUACACGCUGCUCGUCAUGCACAGCCUCGCGCAAUCGCUCAGGAAAUCAGGGCGCAACGAGGCGGCAUGCGCCCUGUUGAGUGACUGCGCAUCUUUGUCGGCUCGGAUUCUCGGGGCGGACCAUCCGCAUACGCUGGUUCGCAAUGGAGCGCUCCAACGGUGGACGCAAAGGUAG